GAAACGCUCUGGCAGCUCAUUGGUUGAAAACAGGAUCGUCAGGUAAAUAGUGUUUGACUCAACAACAUCGAACCGUCGAUCAUCAAGUGUCACACAAAGUUAUCCCCGUAUUUUACGUUUCUUAAUUCAUUUACUGAGUGGCCAAAAGCGCUGUGUUUUCUGAAGGGAUCAUGGAUGAAGGCAGCACCAGUCAACUAUCUGAAAACAUUAAGAUGGACAGCUCUAAAGAAGCUGCUCUUUUAUCCCUGAUGGACAGGACAGGCUACAGCAUGGUUCAGGAAAAUGGACAGAGAAAGUUUGGUGGUCCACCUCCAGGUUGGGAGGGCCCCCCUCCUCCACGAGGUUGUGAGGUCUUUGUGGGUAAAAUCCCAAGAGACAUGUAUGAAGACGAGCUGGUACCUGUUUUUGAGCGAGCCGGUCGCAUCUACGAAUUCCGUCUGAUGAUGGAGUUCAGCGGGGAGAACCGUGGCUACGCCUUCGUCAUGUACACCACGCGUGAGGGAGCACAACGAGCCAUCCAGCUCCUUGACAACUACGAAAUCCGCCCCGGAAAGUUCAUAGGAGUAUGUGUAAGUCUGGACAACUGUCGCCUUUUUAUCGGCUCCAUCCCGAAAGACAAGAAAAAGGAGGAGAUCCAAGAAGAAAUGAUGAAGGUGACUGAAGGGGUGGUGGAUGUGAUCGUGUAUCCCAGUGCAAUGGAUAGGAUGAAGAAUCGUGGCUUUGCCUUUGUCGAGUAUGAAUCCCACAAGGCAGCGGCCAUGGCUCGCAGGAAACUCAUACCAGGAACAUUUCAGUUGUGGGGUCACACCAUCCAGGUUGACUGGGCAGAGCCUGAAAAGGAAUUAGAUGAGGAAACCAUGCAGCGAGUGCGAGUCCUCUAUGUUCGUAAUCUCAUGCUGAGCACCACGGAGGAGACGCUUCGCUCUGAGUUCUCACGCCUGAAGCCUGGCUCCGUGGAACGUGUUAAGAAGCUGACAGAUUAUGCCUUCAUCCACUUCUAUAACCGUGAGGAUGCCCUAACCACUCUUGAGUCCAUGAAUGGGAAAGUUAUUGAUGGUUCGCCCAUCGAGGUGACUCUUGCCAAGCCUGUCAGCAAAGACGGGAGCAGAAGAUCCGGUCCACGAAGUAGCCACAAUGGAGUGGCAGCUGCCGGAAACUACAGUGAUUCCAACUUCUUGUUCCAAAGCAGAGAUGAUGUGACCAUCAGCUUGGGAACAGGAGCAAUGGGUGAUGGGUUAAACGCACGCCCCCUCAGCCUGCCGCCUCACUUGGGCAGCCCGUAUGCAGUGGACUUAGAUCGCUGUGUGUAUCCAUUCCUACCAGGAUCCACUUUGGUCCCAGUCAGCCUGAACACCUUGAAGCCCAGCCAGCUGAGCUCAGCUGUAUCAUUGCUGGAUUACUACUGCCACAAGAAUGACUGGUCUCUGCCGGAGUAUCACCUCUACUCCCUGGCUGCACAGGAGGGGAAAAUACUGCUCAUCUACAAAGUAGUCAUCAGCAGCACCAGGAGCAGCUUCAUGCCUGAUAAAGUCUGCACCAUAUUAGAGGACGCCAAGGAGCUUGCUGCUCAGAAUGCACUCUGGAACCUGGAUUGCUCUAUCAGUUCCCCCGGCUCCCCAGUGAAUGUUUCUUCUCCUGCACCUUCUGGCUCUGGUUUCCUGUCCUUUGGAUGCAGGUCUCUGCCUUACCCAGCAUACCCCAUGGCCUCCAUCUCACCUCCCCUACCCAUCUCCUGCUCCUCUGCCCAGAGACUUUUCAUUCCCAACCAGUCAUCCUUCCUGUAGUUAAGACAUCCAGUAUCUAAGAAGUUACUUUUAUUUGCAGUGUGUUUCUUAAAAGUUCAUAUCCUUUAAUGUCGUUUUUAUUGUUUCACAGACUUUUUGGUUUACUGCUGUUUAAAAAAAAAGAUUUUUUUCCAUGUAUAUACUAUAACUUUUAAGCCACUGUUGUUGUUUCUUUAGCUGUGUAAUUUAUAUAUACUGUUUGGGUGUUUAUUUCCCUUUUUUAUUCUUCAGAAGUUUUUUUACUUGCAUUAGAAACAGUGUUUGAAUAGAAACAAAAGAUAUAAACUGUUAAAAGUAGCAAAAAACAGAUGCAUCUUCUUAAUAUUGGAAUAGUGAGUAGGUAAUGUUGCACGUUCAACUUUGUGUUACAUUCCCCUGGCAGAUUAAAUUUCAUAAAUUCA